AUGGACCUGCAGCAUGAGAAUAGUGUUGCUCUUCGUUUUGAGAGGGUCAUUGCAUAUUUUUUGGAUGGAAUUCCUAGGCCUUUUCUAGAAAUUGUUCCGGAUUUGGGUUAUGCUGUGACGUUUGACUUCUUUUCAGUGGGGGUUACACCAGACUACACGGGUCUAACAGAAUCAGUUGUCUUCCCCGAGGUUCUAGAAAGUCAGUUAUUUGAGCCUGUUUGUUCAUGUUAUUGUAUUGCUUCAACACCUAGUUCGAGAAUUGGAUCCCAUUAUUCUCCAUAUAUUGGGACCUUUCGCUUCAAUGGGAAGGGAAUAUAUUUUCAAAAAAAAGAGUCUGGUUUUAAGCAGAGCGUUGUGAGGAUUCCCGCUGAAACUUGCGAGGAAAGGGGUACAAUGUCAUCAAAAUCCGAUCGAGAAUUGCGAACUUCGCUAUUUAUUGAUUUUUAUGUGAAAAUUAUGGCAGACCAUUUAGUUCAUGACAUAGGAAGUCUAAGACGUAUUGUUAUUUUGGCAACCCAAGGUAUGACAGCAAAAUACAAGGAUGCAGUUGAACAAGUAGUGACUGAGCUCAAGAGACUUUACAUCAGAGCCUGCAGCCAGGCAGUGUAUCAAUACAUGGCUCAAAAUAUGCAAUUUCGUCGAAUUAUAUCAGCUUUACGCUUAAGUGAGACAGAGAAUUACUGUUUGACUUCCAAAAAGAUUUUGACAGCUGAGGAUGCAUGUUUUGAACUAGCUUUGCAUUUCAAAUUAUCUAUUACUCUUUUAAAGGAUUCAUUGCCAUGGAACAAGCGAACUCAUCGUUUUUUUACAAGUCUUCAAGAGUUAUGGGUGAAUCACUUUGAUAAACUGGUUAUAUUUGACAUUUCUACGAAUCAAUGGAGAACAAAUGCGGAUUCAUUUCUAGCUCAACUUGGAUGCUCAAUGAGAGCUGCGUUUACGCGGAUAAGAAUUGAAUUUUACACUCAGUUAGAAAUGCUUUUAUUUAGCGAAAUUUUGGGAUCGAGAGAAUUUAUUUUCUUGGAUUAUCAGACGUUCAAGGAGAGUGAACUACGACGCAUAUUUUUAGCCGUACGGAUAUUUCUUGUCAACCGAAUUCGGACUUCUAUUAUUGAAGCACUGAAGGAUUUAGUGUAUUUUUUCACGACCGUUGAAGAUGGUGUUAUACCACUUUCAAGAGCACGCAAAAUUCCGCUGAUUGAGAUUCAGCUUACGGUUAGUGAUUCUGGUUUACCAUGCUCACCUUCUUUUGCCGCGUUGCGCUUUGGUCUUGUUGAUCUAUUAGAUGAGUUGCUUGAUAGUUGUAAUAAUCUUCCCACCCCAGAGUCUGUCAUUAUGCGAACUCUUGAUUUUCAAAGGUGCACGUUGAACUCAUUUGGUGCGGAGGAAUUGUCUUUAAAAGGCGUUCUAAUUAAUUCUCUUGAUGUUGCAGGGUCUCGAAUUGAGGAAUUGACAAGAAAAUAUACCCGUUUUUCAACUUUACCCCUAAUAAAUGGAGCGUACUUCACGCGUGCCAAGGAUACAAUUGUUCAAGAUCAGGUUUAUUUACUUCGUGAAACUAUUGCAAAAAUUACAAAGACUUCCCCAGAUGUUGUGGUUUCUGGUUCUAUUGCCAUAAAUUGUACUGAGGUGAAAAAAUGGUAUGUGGAACACUGGACAAGGUAUUUGGAAAAAUAUUUGGAAGCACUAAAAAAAGAUCUAUUUUCAUACAUUACAAAAGCUGUGGAGGGAUUUCGUUGCUACAAUACGUGCUUAAAUAAGGAGCCAAAGACCGUUGAAGAGUUGGAGGAGUUUUUCCAUGUUGUAUCUUAUACUGAAUCCCGAUCAAAUGAUGUUAAAAUGAAAGAUUGCAAUCAGGUGAUAGAAUGGUUUCAUUGUUUAGAGACUCUUCAAAUACCAGUGGAUACUCAACUUUAUGCUGCAGCAUUGGAUUUGAUGCGGUGCCCAAAUGAACUGAUGCAGCUAGCUUUAAAAUCUCGCGAAGUAUGUACAAAAAGCAAACCGUUUAUUAUAGAAAAAUUGAGCGAAUUUCGAAACGCUAUAAAAAGACACGUAACAACGAUAGGUGAUGGAGUUGCAGAGCUACUGGGUUUAUUUAAUCUUGACGUAAGCGACAUAGCCGCGCAAACUUGCGAGGAACUUCGGGCUCUUGUCGAUAAGGUCUUGAAGGGAUUUGAACACAUCACAUAUUGUGAAAAAUCACUGGAAAUUGAAGAAGUUGAUUCUUUUGAAGAUUUUUUUCCUAUAUUACGUACCUUUGAUGUAUUGGAGCAGUUUUGGAAUACUAUUUUUGACUCAACUACCGUUAGAGACUAUUACAAUCAGCCCAUUAAUAUGCUGAAUGCCACACAAAUGAUUGACCAUGUUCGAUGUUGUCGACGCCUUCUUCGCCAUUCUACACGUGGUCUUCGUGCCUAUCCAGGAUUGGUGCGGCUUGGUCGUCAACAAGAGCACGUAUUAGCGGAAUUUGAAUGUUUGGAAGGGAUUCUCACACGUAUUACAGCACCAGGACUUCGCAAGAAUCACUGGAAAGAAAUCUCGCGUAUUCUUGGAAAGGAUACAAAGACGAACAUACAAAUAGAUGCUAGUUCACCAUUGCAGUUGCUGCUAGAGGCUGGGAUUAAGGACCACUUUGAUGCAUUGAAACAAAUAGUGGAUCAGGCUAGUGUUGAUUUUGAAGCUGAAGCUUCCUUAGAGCGAAUGAAAAGUGAGGCAAAAAGGACUCGUUUUGUAUUUUACACUGUUGAAGGAACUGAGGGUAUUUUGGCCUUAUCUCCUUUAUGUAGGGAUUCUAUAUCUUCGCGAUUGGAGAGUUUUUUGCUUGAUUUAAGGGUGCUGCAUCAUCAGGUUUCUGUAAGUCAAUAUGUAAUUAAUUCCAUUAAUGAAUGGGAGUCAGCUGUCGAAAGAAUGCUAAUUACAUUAGCAAAUUGGACUGAAAUUGAAUAUGAAUGGAUGGAAGUGAUGUAUUUUGGCAUGACUCUUGAUGAGAUAAGCGAGGGUGAGACCCCUGCAAUUGGAGGACGUGAAUGGAAAUUUUUGCAUGAGAAAGUAGGCUCAAUCAACGGUAUUUUUAGUGUUUUGUCGACGGCGUUGCAAAAAACUCAAUAUACUCUUUUUACCGCCAUGAUACAGGAAAAUAUACAGGAGCAACUUACUUUGGCGGCCACUAUUUUGAGUGAUAUUCGAAAAGUGGUUAGGGGUUUAUUAGAUGCAAAACGAGAGUCCUUUCCAAGGUUUUAUUUUUUGAGUGAUGGAGAGCUGAGCUCUUUUCUUUCUGUACUUGAGCCUGCACGAUUGUUGCGUCUGCUUUCAAAAAUGUACAGUUGUGUUUGUGAUGCUGGAGUUGAGGAAAAUACAGUUACGACGUUCAUUACCACAGAUGGUGCAAGACUUAAGGCAGAAGUGCCAAUUAAAUUAUCUGCCAUUCCUGUUGAUCGAUGGAUGAAGACGUUUGAAAAGACUUUGCGUUCUUCCUUGCUUCAUGAACUACAAGCGUCUGUCGAAAACCACUAUCAUGUUGACGCCAUGAAUUGGUUACGUGGCUCUUGUGUCCAAAUAGCGGAUGUGGCUUUGCGUGUUAUUCAUAACCGAGAUUUGUUAGAGGCUUUAUCCCUUGCAGGUGGUACGGGUAUUACCGCUUACGCAACGCGUUUAAAGGAUCUUACGGAAGAGUAUGUGCGACUUGCAGCCGCACCCAUGGAACUUGGAGAACGAAAGCUUGUUUCUAGUGUCAUUACCAUUUUUUUAUUUUUUAGACGAGAAGUACAACUGGCCAUAAAAACAGGCAUUCAGACAAAAGAGGCUCUUCAAAAAACAUUCAUAUCACAAACUUUUAUGGAAAACGAUAAUGUUUUUGUUCAAACGUUGGGGCUUCGUCUUCCUUACGGUAUGGAGUUUUUGGGGAACUACACGCUUCCCGUGUUAACCCCUGAAUAUGUUGAAAGAGGAUUGUACUCUGUUUUUAUGUCUUUUGCGGCUUCAUCCAUUCCCAUUAUGAUUGGGGCGCCAGCAGAGGCCGCGAUGUAUCAAUAUUGUGCCGAAUUCUUGGGUCGUUUUUGGUGGUGUCUUCAGUGUCACCCAGCGCUCACCUUGGAAGGGAUUGCAGAAGGUUUGCGUGGGGCCUUAGGUGUGGGUGCCGUAUUUUGUUUACGGGACAUAGAUACCCUUGAGAAGUCUCUUAUUGCGCCUAUUACUAAUCUCCUUCGGAGCAUUGAAGUUGCGUGUCAGUUGGAAAAACAGCAGAAUGAUGAUGCAGUUGAUACAAUCUCGUUUGAAAUCGAUGGCACAACCAAAUACGUACAAAAGAAUCCCUGUUUUCAGAUGAUUCUUACAACGACGAGUGCGGAGAAGGUCCCAACGAGUCUUUCCCUUGCCUUUCGUCCCAUCCACGUUAUUUCUGUAGAUCUCACCGUGAUUGCUCAAUGCGCACUUCAUGUGUUUGGAGUUUCGAAGUGGAUGACGGUGGGUCAAAGACUGGCCUUGAUGUACGCACAGCUGAUGGAGUUCUCUCCCACUAUCUUUACCAAGAAAAACUUACUUGCCGUCAUACGCGAAGCUAUGAAAGUUAACCGGGAAACAAUUAUUACAAGUUUUUGUACAUCAUUUUUACAUCAAUUUUGGCAGGCAAUUCAACCCAAUGAGCCUUUGCAAAAGCUGGUGGAAUGGAAUAUGUUGCAUACGCUUGAUAUUUCACAGGAUUCAUGGGAAGAUGCACUGACUCAAGUGGAAACUUCCUCUGGAUUUGAUGCUCUUCUGGAUCGUUUUACCCGCUUCAUGGCAGCGAAUUCUAAUGUGGUGCUGGUAGGACCAGCCUAUUGUGGAAAGACACGACUUUGGAGGCGUUGGGUUGGUGAUUUACAUCAUUCUGUAAUUUCCUUUCGCUUGAUGAGUUGUACAGAGAUUUAUGGUGAUGCACGUCAGCCUGGGCUGCUCAGUGCUUUAGCCAAGCAAUGGAAUCCGUUGUCGACUCAUGCUAUUGUUAUCGAGGGCGCUGAUUUUUCACAGGUAUCUAUUGCUUUUGAUGCCCCUGCUUUUGCAAGGGUGCGACCGUAUUCGGGACCGGACUUUAUAAAGGGGUCCAGGGUACGUCUCAUUGCAGUAACUUCUGAGCUUCACACUGCUAACCCUCGUGUGAUGGCAGAUUUUGCUCUCUUUACUGUACCAGCGCCAACUCGUUGGAAGACAUUCUUUAAGGAGCUUCUUGGCACUGCGCCAAGCUAUCACACGGGUGUGGUUUAUCCUGUUAUGGUAACUCUGAUUGACUACAUCCUUGACACGCAUCAAACGAUUGAGCGGAGGCCUGCAUCGUAUGAAAAUCUGUUUGCCGUGGCUUCCAGGUGCUCUCAGCUGUACAAAAAGUGGUACACUUAUGCGAAAUCACGUUGUGUGGGUCGUGAAGAAUGGAUUAGUGACCGGACUUUUGCUUUGCAGUGCGCUGUUUUUGCAGUCUGCUGGUCUCUCGGAUGGCGCUUACCUGAGAAGGAGCGUCAUGUGUUACAAAAGGCGCUUGAAAAGUUUCAGUCGAGGCUAAACCGAGUAGCCAAAGAGAAUGGUUUUGCGGAAGAUGUGCUGCCACCACUGGAGGAUGAUAUAUUGCUUUACAUUGCGACGCCUGUUGGCUGGAGAAAGAUAGAUAAAACGGCGACUGCAACAUCUGAGGUUGGAUUUACGCCUAUGUGGGCGCGGAAAUGGGAUGGCUUGACUACGUACCAGUGUACAUGGUCGCACUUUUUUUCAUUUGCCUCUCGUGAGACAACCCUAACCGCAUUGGAAUAUUUGAUUGAUGCUGGUCAGUCGGUGUUAAUUGUCGGAGGCCACGGGCAGGGUAAAUCUACUAUACUGCGGCAAAUGGGAUGUAACGAGCGGUGGGUGCAUCAGCUUGUCUGUAACAGUACCGCGUGCAGAGCUGUUGAGAUCACUGAGGCCUUGCUACAGAGAAUGACAUUGCGUCAGUCCAAGAGGUAUGGACCUUCUAUUGGACGAAAGCUGAUACUCUGUGUAGACGAUGCAAAUCUUUCCGUGGAAGGCGGUUCAUCACCUGUUAUGCAUCUCUUCUCCUUUAUUAAUCGCUUUUCCGCGAUCUGUACACCCUCACGGGGCUACAUUCCCAUCGACGACGUCGUUUGUACGGGGGCAGCAACUCCAGAGUUAUCCUACGACGUGGCAGUAGAGAAUGCUGUAGUGCAACUUCGACUACCAGAGCUUGAGGAUGCCGAGGUUGUGGGGUCAGUGCAAAAACUUUUUGAAGUCGUCUGUAUGGGACGGCGCGGGGUAACCGUUUCUGCUGACAUCAGUGCAUUUAUUGCUGCUGCUCAACUUCUUGCCAUACGACGGAUGCCCAGUGAACUGGUGGGUCAGCUGGCAAAAGAUGAUGCUGAGGUCACCUUGCCAGUAAACAGCGACGAGGAGGACGACAUGCUUCAGCAACGCGAGUCCUGGAGCAGUUUUGGGUUUAACCUGAUCAAUAGGGCCCGCACCUCGUACGUGCACCUCUUUCUAAAAAUAUCUGAUCGAGCUUUGCGUUUUCUUGCUAACGCGUGGGAUGAUGCCGUGACGGCAAGAAUUAUGUUUAACUCUGUGUACGCCUUUUACGUAAACAUGAUUGACAAUAAUGAAGGACAAGAGGAGUUUGAGUCUGAUCUAAUGAAACUGGCCAACACCAGCUUGAAAAAUUGUUUUGGAGGUGAUUCUGUCUCGUUUAAUGCGGUGGAAGAGGAGAUUGCGGUGGAGGAUCAGGAGGGUGGUGGGGCGGAUAUGCCGCCCUGCACCAGCGCGACUGUGCAAGGUUGGAUGCGGGUGUAUAAAGAGGCCUUAGAGUCUAACUUGAUUGAGGAGCCGCUUGACAUCGACACUCGCAGCAGUAUUAUUUUUUCUCCGCCCCCCUUACCACAGCGGAGAAUGACUGAAACGUUACCUGGUGUAGUGCUGACUCCACGUCUGGCGCACGCAGAUUACUUGCCGCUGUGGAUGUCACGGACAAUUUUAGUUCUUCAUCAAUACCUGCGGCAGCGCCAGACGCACGUGGCGCUUGUUGGAAGAUACGAUAGCGGCAUUCGUCGCGCUCUGCAUGUGUGGGGCUCGUCGAUGCGUACCCACAUAGCAUUCCUUCGUGAAAACUAUGCUGACGAUGAUGCGGAUGGACGGUUCAAAAAAGAUCUUGUUGAGAUCAUAGAACACACCUGCAGACAUGAAGGCAGGUUGCUUGUGUUUGUGCCUAGCUGUGUUUUGGGGCUCACGUGGCCGAUGGGUAUGCUGGAUGGGAUCGUGCGGGGUGGUGACAUCACACCUCUCUUUGCGUUGGAAGGUUUAUUUUUUCUCUUGCACGGUAGACGGGGUGUGCGGCGGGGCUCUAGUGGGUUGGCGCCGGCUGAGUUUGCUGAGCUGAAGCAGCGCAUCAGCAAGCGGCUAUGCAUUGUGACACAUAUAUUGAGUUACGAGGAACUUAAGCGCCUAGGCGACACAGUUCCCUUAGUCUCCUCCAUGAUUCCUGUCUCCUUGCGGGCGCAGGAGAUGUUGUGGGAACUCGUGCACGAACUCUUACAAACCGAAGAGGCGAAUCGUCAGGUGAUAUAUGAAGCUGUGGUGCAGGGCGGUAGUCUUGGUCGCAGCGUCCAACCGAUGCCGCUGGGUCCGCUAAAUUUGGCCGGGCGUUCCCUGACACACUUCUUGUGCGACAUCUUCAAUGUCAUGAAAACGGAGCUUAACCUGGAGGUGGAGCAGCUGCUGGAGUUUGGGUUUCAGACACAACGGCUUCGCUACUUCCUCGAGCGACUCCGACGCGAGGCUGCCCAGUCACGGCAGAUCACUGAAUUGCCCACCGCCAUCCGUGCCAAGAUGAAGGAGUACAAGGAAUGUUUUGAACAGAGGGCGGAGUCGGCGCAGGCGGAGAUUCAGCGACAAAUAAAAAGGCUCCGCACACGCGCAAAGAAGGAAGAAAAUCACAUGCUGCGUCAUCAAAGUUUGGCAGCCCGUUUUCGCCAGGAUGCAGAAAAGACAGGGGCACUUAUCAUGCAUGAGGAGGAGAACAUUCAAACUCAAACGGGGAGCAUGACUUUGACGCUCACCACCAUGGGGUCCCGCUUAGCCGCUGUGAAGCUUUCUCAGAUUAAGCAAUUUGGUAAGCUUCCACCUCCUCCAAAAGGCGUAUUGCUGAUGAGGGCGGUGUGCAAGGUUGUUGGCGAGGAACUGCAUGCGUCGAGCGGAAAGGAAUUGUGGGAGAGCGGCAAGGCAAUCGUCACUUCCCAAAAAUUUAUUUCAAGGUUGCUGGCAGUGUCGCCUGGGACGAUAAAGUAUGAGUCCUUCGCGCAGCUUCAUGCCUCCCUGCAGGAGGUGUGUUAUACCGAAAUUUCUCCAUAUGCAGGCGCAAUUGCGGAUUACAUCUUGGCUCUUAUAGAGUCCUCGCGCCUUGGCGAGACGAUGAAGGAGACAGAUGAACGGUUGAGGGAGAUGCGUCUGGACCACUUCGAUGCGCUCAGCAAAGCCGACACGGCUGAGCGGCGGGCGCAAAAAAUCUCAAAAAGGCUGGAGGAGGGCCGCACGGAGGUGGCGUGUCUGCUGAGGCGCUCUGAGGAGAUGGAUGCAAUGAAGAACGAUGGUAUUCAGCGUCAAGGCGCUCUAGUCUUGCUUUCCGACAUUGUGGAUGGAUUUAGUUCCUUUCAUUCACCGGAUCAAACAAUCGCACAAGAUGUAUUUGCCGAAAAGGGAGAAGGAUCUGUGAUCAUGGUGGCUGCCUACCGUGCCUUCUUUGCUAUGCUUCCAAUAGAGGAGCAGACACGACGAUUUUGUCAACUGCACGGCCUCCUGAGUGCCUGGGGUAUUGAGGCACCAACCAACCUUGACGAUCCCAUGGUCUCGUUGCUCUUUCGCAGUAUAAAAGACAUGACAAACAACGCACUAAUGUCGAUGUGUUCUAACAGUGAACGGCUGUGCGUGGGCGCUCUACUACAAAGGACACAUUUUUACUGGCCUUUUUUUGCUGGAGUGACUCCGGCGUUUGAAGGCGUGGUACAGCACUACCUUAAUAUUAUGUGCGGUGGAUGCAUUGUGGCAUCGGCGUUGAACGGGGGAUUUACGAAGAAUUUGCUGGAAGCGGCAACGCAAGGUGAUGGAUUGUUGAUCUGUGACGCCUCCGUAUCCUUUGUGCUGCAUGAGCUGCGUCCUUUGCUGGCGCUUCAGCCAAUUCUGCGCGAGGCGAUGGUGCACAACCAACCGGUAAGGAUCUCUCUCUUUGGCGAAAACGUGGAGGUGCUGCCGUCCUUUUACGUGGUGUGCGUCUCCUCCUCCAGGGUGACAUGUGACAAGCAGGGCAGUCUGGCGUCGCGGUUUAUGACUAUCACGAACUUUUAUUUCACACCUGAUGUGAACAAUCUGGUGCAGACAGCUCUGCUGCAGAGUCCGCUUACUAGAAACGAGGUAGAGGAGAAAUACUUUGGGAAUGCGCCCGGCGAAGACGAACAUCCUAUUGACGUCUACAGUGAAGCCUACAGUGAAGCGUUGCAUGAGGCGCGUGCGCUGCUUUGCGAGGAUCUCGACACACUAACAGGAUCCAAUGGCCGUAAGGUUGAGCGCCUUGGUGUGCUGGUCAAAGUCCUGAGUAACUACCAAGUACGGGUGCAGCGUGCAGAAGCACAUCAUCAUAGUAGGGAGAAGCGAUUGCAGGAGUCAUGGAAAUAUAUGAGGCAGGCCAUCUGUUCCGUCGAGCGGUCGCUGAGGGUGAUUGAGGUGGGUAUUCUUGGUAGGUGCUGGGAAUCGCGUAAGCUUGAACCCUUUAUUCUAAGCGCAUCGGAGCUACUGCGACCCUAUCAAUCACGCAUCUCACCCCACUCCUUUGAGAUGCUUACAGAAUUGCACAAGGAAUUCUACGCCACGGUCAAUUUUGUGGAUAGAGUGGUGCAGGUGAUGGGGUGCGGCUGGCCAUGCGAGUUUCGUGGGAUUUUUGCGUGGUAUAUCCUCUCAGGUGUAAUCGUUCACUGCGAUGUUAUUCUGCGGCUACGUGGGCAAUUGUACUCCCCGCUGGUUAUUCUGUUUAACACGGAGCAGUACAGGGUUUUGCAUUGCAUCCUGGAUCGUGGCAGUAACGUCGUUGAUGAAAAGUACGUGCGCAACGUGUACGCAGAAUCCUCCGACGCCGUGCUCAGAAAUGUCAUUGGCGACUUUACAUCCUCUACUAACAAUACCUCGGAUUUUCGUGCGUGGAUCGAGGGCGACGGGGUUCGUGGGGCAGAUGAGUUGGUUCGUAACUUCUUCUAUUCCUGGGCAAAGCUGAACUACACGGCGUGCGAGUUAGUAGCCUCACAGCUCUACAAUGCGUUUCUCUUUUCCGUGAAGGAGCAGAACAGUGAGGGGGAGAGUGAGGUGAGCACUCUGUAUGACUACGUGGGGAAUACGCCUGCUACGGUGCACUCCCUGGAGGAGUGGCUGCGGUUCAGCCUAGGCGCCUGCCUGCCGCUCUGCCUGCUGUCAACGAGUUUGCAGGACACCGUAAAACACUACGAGGGAUACUUCAAGGCAGAGAAAUUGUCCUGUCGCUUUUGCCGUGUUUCAACACCGGAGGAAGUGGAUCAGUUGAUGGAGACGGUCUCCGUCUGCUUCCGUACCGGUCUAGCGGAACAAGGGCGGGGUCACUGCAUCAUGGUUGCGUUGGCAGUCCCUGAGCUCGCUUUUGAGCAGGCGGUAUUCAUUCAGUCUCUCGCCACACACCUCUCGCGCUACUGCAGAUACGGUGUGUGGGACUCCGCACGGAAGGGAAGUACAGCGCGUUCCCCAGUGCUCCUGUGCUUUGUCUUGUGGGGUUAUCUAAACAACGAAACGGACGGAUGCAACUUGACGAGGCAAAAUGAUGCGUGUGCGCAGAUGCUGGAGGAGUGGUGUCUCAUGCUGACACAGGAAACAUCAUUCCCUCGCUUUUAUUUACUUUCCCUACUACAGGACGAGAGGAUUUUCUCGCCAUGGAAGCGGGAAGGCACGACAUUGGUGUUUGAAGGGCCUGCUUCUUGGUCUACUGGUGAAGAAAAGAAAGGUGCCCCUUGGCGAAGUGGCAGUCGCACGUCAGCAUAUGUUAAAAUGUCAAACAUCAUUGAACUGCAUACAGGCCUUGUUGGUGGACAAGUUAUGCUGCAGAGCUUGUGGAAGAAGAAUACCAGUGGCGGUGCUCUCCCCGUACAGUGGCAGGCAAACGUUGACCGUGACGAUCUCACACUCAUCCUGCGGAUUUUGGCCAAGUGGUUGCAAACCAAAAAAUACACAGAUGCUGAUACACGAAGACGACGGUCGCUUCGCGUUUUGACCCGGCACGAUUUCAAACCCGGUGCCUUUGAGGAUGCUUCACCCGCGUCGUCUCGAUUGCCAGAGGCUCUUGUAGAGAAAGCGUUUAACAGGUUGGCGUUUGGGAUCUAUGCGGCUCGUAUGGCAACCGUCAGGCUCCACUUAAGUUUGGUUGAAAUGCUGCGUCAACGAGCCUUGCUGAUUGCGCCCGAGGGAGGCGUUGGUGGGGAGAGAAUGAAUUUAAGCAUCAGUGUUGCCAUCGAAGAAGCCUCAAAAGCCGGGGCUUCAGAGCCGGGAUUCCUGGAUGAGCUUCGAAAGUCAAGCGAUGACUUUUGUGCGCUCUGCAUGGACGAGCCAGUUGCCGUGGCGUACCGCGAGCUGCUGGAGGUCUCACAGCAGAGUCUCAUUUGCGGUGCCCGCAGCCCAGUACCUGCGUUGGUGAAGGCUGAGAGCGGCGCGGAUCUGACCCCGUGCCCGGAGGGUCUAGCGACUUCGACCGUAGACUCGGAGAAGAUGCCACGGGAGGACAUUAUUCAGUUGCUGUUUCUUUGGGAAAAAGAUCACAUGGAGGGACUUUUAUCUAGCUUGAGGGAGAAGGGUCAGAAUGCCACGGCGUCUCGCAUACAAGCAGCCAUGCGGCAGUUAAGCUGUUGGGUGUCUGGAGAGACACUCACCGUGUGGUUACCCGCCCUUCAACAUCCACGACUGCUCCUUUACGUCUUUGCGGCGCGAGCACGGAGUCGGAGGGCAGAUGAGUCCAUCGGUGUUGAAAUGGUGUUAGUGCUAUCUAGGCGGUACAGUCUCUUGCAUGACGAUAUUAUCCUUGCUGGUGCAGCGCUUUCGAAACAAUUGGAGGAGGAGGUGCUCCUGCGCACCCAUUGGGACGCUACCCAGAUGGCAUGGAGAAAGGCCCCCAACGAAACGGAGCGGGAUGAUGAUAUUGUCUUGGCUGUAAGGUUUCAAAAGGCGUUUAGUGGAAACGCAGGAGAGGUGCCGAUUAGCGUGCUAUGGGAGGCGCUUCCAGGCGACAAAAGAGUGGAUGGGAUUUCAUCUGUUGGCGGUAACGGUAGCGGCGCCUUUCUGACGGAGCAGUCAGUGGGGAAUUCCCGUAAGAUGCUUGGGGUGCAAUCCACCUGCCCUAUCCCUGUCGUAUACGCGUCUGCAGCUGUUGCCGCAGAGGAUGCGAAGGAGGUUGAUUGGACUCCCCUCUUUGAUAUGACGCUGCAUGUUAUCUGGAUGGGAAUUGAUAACUUGCCAAUACGGCAAACGGCAACGUCGGGCGCAGGGCAAUUGGCGGCGGGGGUGGACUUUUUGCCUUCGCAGUCGUCGAGACCGUCCAUUGUGGAACUACCCUCGUCUACAUUAAGCAACAGUUUGAGUUUUUUUGUGACGAUUUCGUAG